AUGGCGGCCUGCGCUUGCUCCAGCUCCGCAGCCGGGUCGGUGCUUUCGGGGUUCCCUCCAUUGUUUAAUUCUCACGACUUUCAAUUUCAACAAUCCUUUAAUUCCUUGGAGCCGACGGGAUGUUUUCCCUCGGCGACAUCACUCCAAUCCUUUGAUUCCCUUGCUCAAGAGCCGGAUCUUUGGACAUCAGAACUGUCCUUUGCCAAUACCGACUGGAACUUCCUUCAAAAUGCGACACCUUAUCCUGCGGUUGACGGGUUCAAUAUGGCUCUCAACGAUCCAGGUUACGGGGUGGCUUCGGCCUACCCUUCCCUUUCAGAUUCAGGAUCCAUCGAGUCUCUGGCUCUGGCUACUUCCUCAUUUGUUACCAAUUCGGCGAAUUCCCAAGACGGGCAUUCGCAUACUUCUCCUGCUUCUCAGGUUGUGGGCUCCGUUACGACAUCUCAGUCUAGCCCUGCAUCAUCGCAGACUGAAAGCGUCCUAGGUCGUGUUGAGUCGUCUCGUGUGGAAAAACGCAGACUCAAUACACUUGCGGCUCGGAGAUGUCGGCAGCGGCGCGUUGAUCAAACGAAGAAUCUUGAGAAUGAACUGGAACUUAUGAGGAAGGAACGCGAUGAGCUGAGACUCAAGGUCUCGAAGCUAGAAGGGGAAACGGCAGCCUUGAAAGGGCUCCUUGCUCGACAGAGUAAAUGA